UUGACAGCUUAAGAAUGUAUUUUGUCUGUUGCGUGAUCAGUUCGGAUCAGUUGCUGGAAAGUCAUUAAUUUUUAAGUUAUUUACAUUGACUAUUCAAGUAUCAAAAUGCUGCCCCAAGGGAGUCGCGUCUUACGUCGAUUAAUUCCGGCAAGAUUACCUGCAAGAAGCUUUACAUCAGCGGCGGCCCAAUCCGGUGCUGGCCAGCCGGAACAGCAAGACGCGGAGACGCACUUUGGCUUCGAAACGGUGAAGGAAAGUGAAAAGUGGCGCAAAGUGCAUAAAGUUUUCGUGGAAGUGGCAUCUUCCUACGAUCUGAUGAACGAUGCCAUGUCGCUCGGGAUUCACCGCGUCUGGAAGGACAUCUUCAUGGAGCGGCUCGGGCCCAUUGGCGGUGGCAAUCGGCUGCUGGACAUGGCCGGUGGAACCGGCGAUAUCGCGUUCCGGUAUCUCAAGUAUUUGAACAAUCAACCGCAGGACGGAGAACAGCCGAACCACGUGACGGUAUCGGACAUCAACCAGAACAUGCUGGACGUCGGGCAGGCAAGGUUCAAGAAUCUGGGAAUUCAACCUAGCAAUUGCACAGUGGAUUGGGUCUGUGCGGAUGCGGAGAAGCUUCCCUUUGAAGACAACUCUUACACUGCCUAUACGAUAGCUUUUGGAAUUCGAAACGUGACUCACAUCGAUCGGGCACUCUCCGAAGCUUACCGCGUGUUGAAGCCAGGAGGACGAUUCUUGUGUUUGGAAUUCAGUCACGUCACGAACGACUAUCUUCGAUGGGCGUACGACCAGUACUCCUUCCAAGUGAUUCCUCCGAUGGGACAAAUCCUCGCCAGUCAGUGGCAACCGUACCAGUACCUGGUGGAAAGUAUCCGGAAGUUCCCCAAGCAGGACGACUUUAAGGAAAUGAUAAAAUCGGCUGGGUUCAAGUGCACCGGAUACGAGAAUCUUUCGUUUGGCGUUUGUGCAAUUCACUCGGGCUAUAAACUUUGAAUGUUGAUAUGGUUAUCUAAAAAAUUUACAUUGCUUGUAAAAAAGAAUUCAUAAAAGGUUUUGUCUACUCUAAUUCUUGCAAAAUACAUACAAACAUCAUUUAAUAA